CCGUAUAUUUGCUUUACAUAAUAGUCCAUUCUUAAGAUGAUUUAACUUCCGUGACACAAAAUAAUAUGCCACGUAUCGACUCAAAAGAUAUACAUACAGUGCAUAAUCUGCAAAGAACGUCAAUUGCGGAAACCUGAAAACUUAAACCGUCAAUCAGUUAAAGAGUAUUGUGUAAGAAGACUUGUGUAAUGGCUCGCCGUCCAACUCAUUACAAAGGUGGAUAUGAAGUAAGAAGAUUUCAGACCACUGUUGACAAUUAUUUUCUCUGUAUGAUUUGCCUCAAAGUCGUUAAAGAUGCCAGAAUGUGUCACCAAACAGAACAUAUCUUUUGUCGUUGUUGCAUUGAAGAGCAUCUACGCGUAAAUGCACAAAAGUGUCCCCAAUGUCAAGAAAAGUUGAGUGUAGCUACACUUCUUUCCGCGCGCUUUGUCGAUAAUACUAUUUCUAAGCUAAAAAUUGGUUGCGAAUUCGCUAGUCGUGGAUGUCCUGAAAUUAUAACGGUUCAAGAUCUUCAAAGUCACGUUGAAAAUUGUGGCUUUGCUCCGGUGUUGUGUUCUAAUGAACGUUGUGGACAGGUGAUAAACAAACGAGACAAGAUUAAACAUGAAACUGAGUUAUGUGAAUACCGAAAAAUUCCUUCUUAUGACUUUAUAGAGAUUAAAGAAAUGUUUCAACAAAUUGUUAAUCAUGAAGCUCAAGCGAAAAUGAAAAUGGUGGAAUUGAAUGCACAAAUGAAUCAAAGCUUUGUUGGAAUAAAUGGAGCAAUAAAAGAGACAGCAGAGCCAUCAAAAACCCAAUUUUCACGUAUGCAAUGUGAAAUAACAGAAUCAAGGAAAGAAAUAAAAGAUGUUCGACAAAAUCUUUCUACAGUAACCGAAGAAAUGAUGGAAUCA